AUGGAUGUAUGUCCACUGAUAACGUCCUUGUCUUUCUUUUCUCUCUUCUUUUUCCCUCGAAUUAUUUAUUUUGAUUCCAAAUACUUCAAAUAUUCAUUUUUUUUUAACCGUAAAAAACGAGCCAAUCCAUCUAUCUAUCUAUCUAUCUAUCUAUCUAUCUAUCUAUCUAUCUAUCUAUCUAUGUAUCUAUCUAUCUAUCUAUUAUCCCCAUUCCGUUCUGCUACUCAUCUAUCUAUCUAUCUAUCUAUCUAUCUAUCUAUCUAUCUAUCUCUCUCUCUCUCUCUCUAUAUAUAUAUAUAUAUAUAUAUAUAUAUAUAUAUAUAUCCUGUUCAUAUCAAUCUGUCUCCUUCUUUUCGUAUCUAUCAACUUCUGUUCAUUUCUAAAUACGUAUCUCUUUCUGUUCAUCUCUCUCUCUCUCUAUCUAUCUAUCUAUCUAUCUACUUAUCUGUCUAUCUAUCUCCAUCUUUUCAUAUCUAUCUAAUCAUCUAUCUCUUUCUGUUCAUAUCUAUCUAUCUAUCUAUCUAUCUAUCUAUCUAUCUAUCUAUUUAUCUAUCUAUCUUUUUUUUUAGACACCUCGAGGGAAACUCUUUUCUUAUUAAACGCCUGGUCAGUUACUCAUAUUUUUCCUAUAUGACAUUAUCUAUCUAUCUAUCUAUCUAUCUAUCUAUCUAUCUAUCCUUUUAUGUAAUUAUCUAUUUUUUGUGA